CAAACAGAAGCUAAUGAAAUGCGAAAAAUUAUGGCACAUUCAAAUGCUGGUAAGUAUACAUCUGCAGUUAUAGUUUUUCUAUAUAAGAGUUUCACAAUUCAUAUCACUGUAAUAGCCAUCUUUUUGUUUUCCUAAAGAGUGCGUAUGCAUACCUCCUAGAUCUAGUAGGUGACAAUUCUUGAGAAUUUGUGUCUUUGGGUUCUGUUGCAAUUACUUUUUAGUAGAUUGACUUUAAUAUGUAGGAGCAGAGUGUGAAUUACAAAUAUGGACCCCCUGCUUGAUCAGGGUAGUCAGUCAACUUUUGUUAGCAUAUAUAACAAUGUUAACACUAAAAAAGGUGCUGUAGAUGCAGGAUGAAAAAAGUCAUCUAGUAAAGAAUGAGAUAAAGAAAGAAAAUACAACCAGUACCAAACUCCAGUAUGUGGUAGGGAUUGAAGGAAAAAUUGGCUGCUUAAUGAAGAGGAAGAAGAAAAUGGGUCAGAGACAGAAAGGGGAUAUAGGAAGUAAAAUAUAAAACUAAAGAAGGCAAUAUGUGUGGUAUACAAUCUUUUCCUGAGCUGGUCACAGAACAAACACAUUCUCAUGGGAUCAUAGAGAUAUAGAGAUUAACCAAUAUGGGGAUGGCCUUGAGUCAAGGUGAAAGCUAUACAUUUUUCCAUAAACAGCACAUAUACAUUUUGAAACUUGUUUAUGUAAGCUGGUUUCUUAUAGUGUUCUUUGUAGUAUCUACUCUAACUUGUAACUUGAUAGCUAUAUAGUAAUUCUCUCUUUGGGUUUACCCUAUUUUGACCGUGGACUGGAAAAAAAGGCUACUCCUAUGCCAGUUCCAAGAUUGGCAAAAAUGUGUUCCCAUAUUGGUUUAACUAGGCUGCUAUGCCAACAUAGGCAUUUACAUGUAGAUAUGGCUAAACCAGAGGGGAUUGGAAGAGAUGACUACAAGGUGCAAACUGUUUGGCAGAUAGAGCUCGAAAGGAUUUUUUCCACAUUUGAAAGAUUUUUUGAAUAGCAAAUCAUCAUGGUAGAAAGAAUCAAAAAGAAUCAAAUAUCUUACAUUCCCUAUUGAAUCUAACACAGUUUUUAUUGAGGAAUUAUGUGUUAGAAACUUGGCCGAAUUUUAUAAGGUACAAACUGUUAUCUACAAAUCCCAACUAUGUUUAGCUUUAGCCAGGGCCGGUGCAAAGAUUUUUGGGUACACAGGUGAAGAUGAUUUUGGUGCCCCCCCAACCCCGUCCCAAAAAAGCAUCUUCACCUCUUAAACCACCUUUUGUUUCUUAUCCUCUCCUUUAAAUGUCUUAUCCCCUUAAGUGUCUCUUAUGCCCAAUGUUUCCUCAUUGUGUGUCUUACACCUCCCUUGUGCAUCUCUUAGAACCCCCCUUAUGUGUCUUACUCCUCCCAGCCCCUUUGUGUGUGUGCUUCUCUCCCAGCCCCUUUGUGUCUUUUACUCUUCCCAGCUCACGUGUGUGCCUCUUUUUCCUCUUCUCCAGCGCCUCUGUGUCUCUUUCACACCCAGCUCCUUUGUUUUCCACCCUCCAGGGCCUUCUGUGUGUCUCUUACAUCUCCAGCCACAUCUGUGUCUUUCUACCCCCUCAUGACCCUCUGUGUGUCUCAGGGUGCACCGGCCUGGGGGGUGUUAGAUUAGAGUGACCCAAUAGGAGGGAAGCGCACAGCACUCCCUCCUGCCAGUCACUCAGUCUAGCAUAGCCGAGCGGAGCACUUCCUGUCAGUCUGGCCGGGUACAGGAAACAGAUGCUCCUGUACCGCGGUUCACUCUGCUCAGCCAUGCUACACUGAGUGACUGGCAGGAGGGAGCACUGUGCGCUUCCCUCCUGUCGGGUCACUCUAAUCUAACGCCCCCCAGGCCGGUGCACCAUGAGAUGGCCGCCUGUGCCACCAUAUGGACACACUGGCCCUAGCUUUUACUGAUAUGUUCCAAGAAGUAUCCAAGAAUGUUCAACAUGGUGAUAGAGUUUGGUUAGUAAACCUCAUUAUUCAACACAAUGUUAAUGAAAAUUUUCUGGUUUUUUUUUUUAGCAUCUAAUGUAGCCCUCAAAGGGGUGACAUCCCAGUCUAGUACUUAUGGAGCAGGUGAUCCUAAAAAAGCUGCAGAUGGUUCCUUGAAAAACAAAGAUCCAGAGACUCAAUGUGCUAAAACAAAAGAGAAUCUUGAUUCUUGGUGGACACUAGAUUUGCAAUCAGACCAUAAAGUGUCUUCUAUUGCCAUAACCAGCAGGGCGGACUGUUGUGAGGAAGAUCUCGAAGGGGCAGAGAUUCACAUUGGAAAUUCUGCAACUGGCUGGAAAAAGAACCCCAUGUAUAUAUACAAUAUUCUAUUAUUUAUUUAUUUAAAAUUAGUUAUUAAUAAUAUCUUGAGAAAAAUAGAAAUGUUACUUAACAAUUUCACCAUCAAAUACUAUUUUCAAAACUAAUUAGUCAAUAUGUGUUAAAGUAGCUGUAAGAUUAGCUAAUGUAAUCACAGUGGCACAAAAAUAGCAGUCUCUAUCAGUCUGCUCUUGUUAGUUCCAAAAAUAUGCAGACAAUAUACAAAAUUUUAUAAGUAGUAGGUACAGUUCAGGAAUAGAAACAUGAGCAUGAAUAGAAAGCAAAAUCGCACGUUAUUGCCCAAGUCUCGACCAGUGCUUUCUCUGACACACACACACGUCUAUUGUAGCUCAGUUUUAAUAGGAUGAAAUCCUGGGUUUUCUUCAUGAAGACUCGAAUGAACCCAAAUUCUUUAGUAGGAGCCAAUACAUUUAAAAUUCUGCUUCUCAAGAAACUGUGAUAUAAUGGAUCAUCUCUCUGGCAGUUAAUUGCAAAGAGUGAGUGUAACGGACCACCUGGCACCCCUACUGGGCACCUCCGUCAACGGAUGCUUCCUAGUGGACGCCGAUGACUAUAAGCACCGCACCAGACACCAUCAGCACUGCAGAAUCCACAACCGCCAUAGCUUAACAGGAAUCUCACUGUCUCCCUCCCACCCUGGACCCACCGCUGAUAUCCAGGACCGUGUGGGAAAGAUCUCUCUUCCAGGAGAGCGUAACAGAAACAGCUCUUACAAGAGCUAAUGAUUAUCCAAGGGAGUAUAAUGAGUAUAGCAAUCCCUGGUAGUGAUAUAGCAGCUUCCUACAAUAAGAGACAGAACUCAGUAUUGAGGGCGAAGAGGUCUGAAGGUUUAAUGGUACAGGUUGGCUUUAUAUACAAUUCCUCAGGCCAGAGGCACACCCCCUGGACCUGAUGGAGCACUGCAUUACAAACUGUACAGACCAAUAAGAACAAUAUACCAACGUAUGACACUCCCACAUACAGCACACAAUCCCUCCCUCUGCCUGUGAUAUAAUUAAGGUAGAUAAUGUACUAACUUAAUUAUCCCCAGGCAGAAAAACACAUUUUUACACAAAGAAUAGAAAACACCCCAAAACAUAACAUAUCCCCAUAAAAGUUUUCAGAGCAGGGGUUCAGGAAAUUCAUGGAAGUCUCUUUUGACGGACCGCAUGCAUGGUUUCAUGCCCAAAAUAGUUCCAGAGAAUUAGGCUUUGCGGCCGGUCUAUUUCAAAACAGUCAAAUUACCAUUCGAAUUACCGAACGGAAUGGUGAAUGGCCAUAGUUGAAGUGUGUUUCUUGUUUGUUGGCUUCGAUUCACCGAACGUCGUUCGACUAUAGAAAUGAAUAGUCUAAUUUCUCUGGAAGGUACUGUUCAGCGGUGUUUGUGCCGUUGUGUAUCCGAUUUGAGUUCCAUGAACUCUACGACAAAACACAGCAGAACAUGUUCGACUAAAUAUGAUGGCCACCGCCACGUGUUCGACUACUUCGACACUUCGACGGUAUACGAGGUGCCAUUUUGGAGAACGGGAAUGGAAGGAGUUUUAGGUGAACAAAUAGAUGAACCAGCAAGGGAAUGGAAUGGUUUUUAGGUGAACAAACAGAUGAACCAGAGGAUAGAUUUAUAACCCAGAGACAGAGGAUCUGUCACAGUGAACUUUGCAUAUGUUCUAGUAGGAUGACAAUUGGAGUAGUUUUAAUAAUUACUGUGUGCACCAGUUUUGGAAACGAGACUGGAGACAAAGGAUAAAUAUGGUAGCAAAGUGGCUAGGAUUGAUAAAAUCAGUAUGUGUAUAAGUGUAUCAUGUUCAUCAAAUAAGUAAAUGCUGUAUAUAUAACAUCUUCAUGUAUCUGUCACAAUUUUUUUUUAAUUAACGGGACUGAAAAUAGAAUUGCAAAAUGUAUGCUAAAAUAGGCAAGCUGUGAAUAUAGCCAGGUUGGUAAAUUUAUCUAAAUUAGCUAUUUUGGCCUAAAGUUUUCAGUCUUGGCUUCACUUCACUACAAUUCUGUUUAAGGAAUAAAUGCCACAAUCUUUGUAAAUCUUAUGUUGCAGCAUGUUUAUGUUUCUGAUAUUGAUCUUUCUUUCCCAUAACAGUUGUGGAACCGUAUUCUCUAUCGGCCUUGGAGAAACCUUUUCAUUUCAUUGUGACGGAAUGCAAGGUCGAUUUGUUACUAUUGUGAUUCCAGAUAAGAAUAGGUCACUUACCCUUUGUGAAGUACAAGUGUUUGCUGUACCCAUAGAGAAUCCAAGUGAGUUUAAAGCAAGAUUUUCAUUGCAUUCUUGGAUGUAUUAUACCAGUAGAUGAAGCAAACUUCUUUAUAUCAGACAGAAUUGAUGGGGCUAGAUAAAACUGGAUUCCAGUUUCCCCAUCCUAAUAAUAAGAUUUUGGGAAAGGAAAUAUUCCCAAAAAGGGGUUAAUUCCAUUGCUUUCAAACAAUACAGGUAACUUUUAGGUCACUGAAACGUAUAUACCCUGUGAAAAUAACGGUUUAAAAAAUACAUCAUAUCAGGUUUUCAGGGGCUUUCUUCAUAGUGUCUUCAAUGUGACUUAAAUCUUAAUGGGCAGAGACUUGAGCAGUGAGACCGCAGAGGCAUGAUCACUACACAAAAACUACUUCAAUUAGCUAAAGUUGUUUUGGUACCUGUAGUGCCAAAAUAGCUGGCAUUUGCAAUGUUUUUUCUUAUUUUCUACUAUAAUUGUAUUCUUUUUGUGCUAUUCCCCUGAUAUGGAAGACAGGUUGUUUCCUUUAAAUAAUUAACUGGAAAAAAAAAUUAUAUAUAUAUAUAUAUAUAUAUAUAUAUAUAUAUAUCUAUAUAUAUCUCAAACAUAAAAUAACAUACCGGUAUGUGAAACCAUCAUGUGUAAAGUGUUUGUGGCUGCACAAAAUAAGUUAUCAGUUAAAAACAGAUCAUGUCUAAGGAUUAACUUGUAUCAUUUUUCCAGCUGGAGAAGAGUGGGAUGGAGAUUUUGAAAUGCAGAAGCAACACCAUGGUGGUAAGAUAUCUGAAGUGUGUAUGAACCCAUGCUUUGGAGCGGCAGUCUCUGUCUCAUUCUAUGAUGUUUCAUUGAUAGAUGACGGCACGGUUUAAACAUCGAUAAGAGAGGUCGUGAGAAGCUCAGGGCAAGUCCUUUAUUUGCACCCUCCUGGAUCCAUAGUUCCCAUGUUGCUGACAGUUUGCUGCCCCUUGCCUAGGAGUUUUCCUAGAAAUAAUAAUAAAAGUGUCUAGGGACCCAAUAAUUUUAAUACUGAAAUAGCUGCAAUAUAU